AUGGGGUCUGUGGUGCAAAGGAAAAUUGCGCUUCUCGGAUAUCCAUGUGUAGGUAAGUCUUCUAUUACCUUACGCUACGUAUAUGGUAGUUUUCCCGAUGGAUACGAAACUACUAUCGAGGACGUCCACACGAAAACUCAUUAUCUCAACGGAAGAGAAUUUGCGCUUGAAAUUACUGAUACUGCUGGACAGCAGGAAUAUUCUCUGUUUCCUCGCAGUGCUUCAGUAGUGGAUGGUUACAUUCUUGUUUAUGCUAUAGAUGAUAGAAAAUCGUUUGAAAUUAUUCGAACAAUUUAUGACAAACUUAUGGAGAACUACGGAGACAAAAACACACCUUUGGUACUAGUUGGGAACAAGCUGGAUUUGCAACAUAGCGAUCGUCGGGUUUCAACAGAGGAAGGCAAAAUGCUUGCUGCUACUUGGGGAGCUGCAUUUCAUGAAACCUCAGCGAAAGAUAAUACGGCUGUUCAACCAAUUUUCGAUUCUAUAUUGCGUGAAAUAGAAAUAGCAAAUGGCAAUAUGAAGCGUCCUCGUAAUGGUUGUGUCAUCUCUUAG